AAGGAAUUGAAAUUGGGCUGAAACGGAAGAUGGGUUUUCAGUGGUUUCUGAUACCAGAAUAUCAGCAGAUUAUCCAUGAACUAGAGAUUACUCGGUUCAGCUAAAUUCAACAGGAUCAGCACAAGUCAAAAGAUGAACAAGGUUGUUGAAAGUCUAAAAGAUGAUGAGCCCCUUCUAGAUUCAGUCCUAAUACAUAUGGGAGCAUGUAUUCAGCUUUGGGGAAGUUUGAGAGCUCCAUGGUUGUAUAUAAAAGAGCAAUUGGUGUUCUUGAAAGCAAACACGGGAAAAGUAGUAUAUUUCUUGUCUCACCAUUGUUGGGGAUGGCAAAAAUUCUUGGUUCUAUUGGAAGAGUAAAAAAAGCCAUAGAGGUCUACCAUCGUUCAAUAGCUAUUUUAGAAUCAAGCAAAGGCGUUGAGAGCGAAGACUUGGUUGUCCCUUUAUUUGGUCUUGGCAAUCUUUUGAUGAAGGAAGGAAGAACUACAGAUUCUGAAAUUCAUUUUAAUAGAAUUUUGAGCAUAUAUAGGAAGUUAUAUGGAGAAAAUGACGGAAGAGUUGGCAUGGCCUUGUGUUCUCUAGCCCAUGCAAAGUGCUCAACUGGGAACGUUGAAGAAGCUAUUGACUUGUAUAGAAAGGGUCUUCAGCUCAUCAAGGACACAAAUUAUAUAGCUCUGGAUGACAGUAUCAUGGAGAAGAUGAGGAUUGAUUUGGCAGAAUUACUUCAUGUUGUAGGAAGAGGAAAAGAAGGCCGAGAAUUGCUAGAGGAAUGCUUGUUGAUCUCUGAAAGAUCCAAAGGAAAAGAUCAUCCCAGCUCAGUUAGCCACCUUAUAAAUCUUGCUACCUCUUAUUCACAAUCGAAGAAUUUUGUUGAGGCUGAGCGGUUGUUGAGGAGAAUUAUCAUAUCUGGCCCAUAGGAAAAAAAAAAAAAA